AGCCUCAUUCUUCGCUUCAGUUCCCAUCGUAUCGUCCCAUCAACCACCGCCAUGGGGCAAAAAUCACCUCGACUACUUCUUUGUGUUUGUUUAAUUUUGUUUGCCGCUAAAAUACACCAAGGACUGGCAUUAACCAUCACUGAAGAUGGAGUGAAACAAUACCAAGCGAGGAAUCCUGUUUAUAGCAAAUUAUCACCGAAAUUGAUUAAUUUGGCACCUCAAGACACUAAAUAUUGGGAAAUUGCUGCAAAAGAAGAUUAUGAAGAAAGUGUGCACAAGGGUCCCUUAGAUGAUCUUUUGACUGUGAGAGAAGACAAGGCGCACAGUGUUGAACACAAACCAGAGUUUCAAGAUUUGCUGUUGCCAUCAAAUGGCCUGGCAAAAAAAUGCAACAUGACCUCCAAUGAGAAAAUAUCUUGCGUUGGAAUUAAGGAGUGUAAAACGGGUCAAAUUAAUCAGAACAAGAAGAACGGUACAUACUGUCAAAGAUCAAACGGGGAAAUUGGUGUAUGCUGCCCAGAAAUUGGUCGCACUAGGCCAAAAAGGCAAACAUCCAAUUCCAUCAACAUAGUUGAAGAAACUAAAGAAGCAUCAAGGAAUUUAGAUUUAUCAAAACUAGGUGAUACCUCAAAUUGUGGGUUCAGCAGCAAAUCGCUACCAAAAGAAAUGAAAAAACACCUUGCAAACAUACGAGACUAUCCCUGGAUUAUAGCAGUGAUGACCCAUGAUCUAUAUCAUUACUGUGGUGGAGUUCUUAUAAGUCAAAGGCAUAUCAUAACUGCAGCCCACUGCGUGCCCAAUGUACGACCUGAAAAGAUACUCAUCCGCCUUGGAGAAUAUGACUUCAACAGAGUGAAUGACAGCAAAACAGUCGAUGUUUCAGUAGAAUCAAUACAAAGCCAUGAAGAAUUUGAUGGGUCAACGUAUGAAAAUGACAUUGCGCUUAUUACACUAAAAGAAAAAGCCAGUUAUGACGAAUAUGUCCACCCGAUUUGUUUACCAAUGCCUAAUGAUACUAACUACAAAGUAAACCAAACCACUAUAGUUGCAGGAUGGGGUUCUACUGAAUAUGGUGGAAUUAUGAAUGAUCUUCUUAUGGCGGUAGCAGUGCCAAUUUGGGACCAGGAACAGUGCUCCUCGAGUUUUUCUCAAACAGUCUUUGAUACUAUGAUGUGUGUGGGCGGUUAUGAAGGAGGCAAGGACUCAUGUCAGGGUGAUUCUGGUGGACCUCUAAUCACCCAAAGAGAGGAUGGGCGAUGGGUAUCCUUGGGUGUUGUGUCAUGGGGCAUCGGGUGUGGUACGAAGGGAAAACCUGGCGUAUAUACCAGAGUUAACCAAUAUCUUGAUUGGAUUGCAUCCCAUCUAAAUUAACUCUGUUCUUAUAAUUAUUAUACUAUUUAAUUAUA